UCGCUUCCUUUUCCUCCUCCCCGGCAACACCACACGCGGCCUCCGCGUCUCCUCCCCCUGCCUCGAAUCAAUCUCCCCCACCAAACCGGAGCACCCGAUCCCCCCGGAGGCCGGAGCCGGCGGCGAGCGAACCCAGCCAGCCCAACCGUCCAUCCACCAUGCUCAGGGUCGCGGGCAGGCGCCUCUCGUCCGCCCUCUCCAGGCGCCCCGCCGCCGCCGCGGCAGCCGGCACCCGGGGUCCCCUCGCCGGCGCCCUCCCCGGCCGCGACGACGACGACACGCGCGACAGCAGGGCGCGAUUCGCCAUCGACUCCCCCUUCUUUACCGCCGCAAGAGGGUUUUCGGCUGAAACUCUUGUUCCAAGAAACCAGGACGUAGGCUUAGCUGAGCUCCCAGCAACUGUGGCAGCUGUGAAGAAUCCCAGUGCAAAAAUUGUCUAUGAUGAGUAUAACCAUGAGCGCUACCCCCCUGGGGACCCCAGCAAGCGUGCAUUUGCAUACUUUGUGCUGAGUGGUGGGAGAUUCAUUUAUGCUUCCCUGUUGCGUCUGCUCAUCUUGAAAUUCGUCCUGAGCAUGUCAGCAAGUAAGGACGUCCUCGCGCUUGCCUCCCUUGAGGUUGACCUCUCAAGCAUUGAGCCAGGCACCACAGUGACUGUUAAGUGGCGAGGCAAGCCAGUCUUCAUCAGGCGAAGGACAGAGGAUGACAUCAAGCUGGCCAACAGUGUCGAUGUUGCGUCCCUUCGCCACCCGCAGCAGGAUGCGGAGCGUGUCAAGAACCCCGAGUGGCUGGUUGUCAUCGGUGUCUGCACCCACCUGGGUUGCAUCCCACUCCCCAAUGCAGGAGACUUUGGUGGCUGGUUCUGCCCAUGCCAUGGCUCGCACUAUGACAUCUCUGGUAGGAUCCGCAAGGGCCCAGCACCCUUCAACCUGGAGGUGCCGACGUACAGCUUCUUGGAAGAGAACAAGCUCCUCAUCGGCUGAGACUACUGGGCUGUAGUGUUGGCCCUAUGGCGCUGUCAUUUUGUGUUUGAUCGACAAUUACCUUUUUUGUUGCCUGGGGUAUACCUUUGGUGGACUGUUGUCUAUCGGAGUGCAGUGUUGUUGCUAGCACCUGACAGUAAUGAAUAACCUGCUGCUACUUAAAGGAUGCUGUUAAUUGUUAAGUUUUUGGGUGCUGUUUCCUGAUCUCAAGAGGAAGGGUCUUGAUCAUGUAAUACCUUUAGCUGUUGUAGUCUAUUUUAUUGGGUUUCGCCUAUGUUAGUAACUCUUGCGGUAUUACUUGGGGUCCAAAAGGAACGUCUUGUAGCUAUCAUGGUUUCUGGAAUUAUGAUGAAUAAUCAUGUGAAAAUAUGUUAUAAUGGCUGUAAAUCCUUGAAGCUUUGCGA